UGUUGUCUCUGUGUGAAAGAGUUCUGUCCCCAGUGUGGUGAGAGUUUAGUUCCAUACACUGUCAGAAUGGCAGGGGGAACACUGCUCAACAUUUUGUUGCUUUGUGUUUUCUGUAGCUGUUGCGCCCAAAUAUUCAACAACCCAAACCGAGAACGGAUGCGACCAUGGGAUCGCCGCCGAUUUGAACCAAUGGACCUUGACAUGUAUUUUGAUCUUCAUGAUAGAAGAAAUACAAAAGACCACACCAGUCUGGAACCAAGGUUCAUCCUCCUAGCCCCUAACAUUCUGAGAACAGACAGUGAGGAGUCAAUCUAUUUAGAAUCCCAUGGCCUUAACAGCCCUGUCACCGUCACCAUAACAGUCCAUAACUACCCGGAGAGGAGGUACCAGCUCCUGCAGGACACCGUCACACUCGGCCCGGCGAACAGCUACCACACCCUCAAGAUCAUAAAGCUCCCCUCAGAGCGUCUGGACAAGGGGAACGAGGAGUCCUCCAGGAACCAGUAUGUGUAUGUGAAAGCAGAGUUUGGGGGCUACCACGAAGCUGAACAGGUUGUUAUGGUCUCCUUCCACUCUGGAUACAUCUUCAUCCAGACAGACAAGCCCCUCUACAAACCUGGAGACACUGUACUCUGCAGGGCCUUUGUGUCUACACCUUCCUUCCAGGCCUUCAACAGCUCCAUCACCAUUGAAUUCCAGAAUUCAGAUGGCGUCGUAGUGAAACAGACCUCCAGGACCAGAGCUAACAAUGGAAUCUUUGCUGAUACUCACGUUCUACCUGACAUAGUCAAUGAGGGAACGUGGAAGAUCAUUGCAAAAUUUGACAACUGGCAACAGAACAAGUUCAGUAGUGAGUUUGAGGUGAAGAAAUACGUGCUGCCUGCUUUCAAUGUCACACUGACUCCCAAGAAACCCUUCCUCCGUCUGGAUGAUACUGAGCUGGUGGUGGAGAUCACAGCCAGCUACCUGUAUGGUGAAGCUGUCCAGGGAACGGCCUACGUGAUGUUUGGGGUGGAGGUGAACAAGGAGAAGAGGAGGUUACCAUCGAUCAAGCAGGUCACCAAUCUGCAGCAUGGCACCGCUACAUUGACCAUGGCGGAGAUCAGGAAGGCCUACCCCGACCUCAGCUCCCUGGUUGGAAGCUCUAUUUACGUCAAGGCCUCAGUGCUGACCAAAUCAGGCAGUGACCUGGUGGAGGCAGAGAAGUCUGGUAUUAAGAUAGUGAAGUCCCCUUACGUCCUCUCCUUCAUAGAAACACCAAAGUACUACAAGCCUGGCUUGCCCUUUGACGUCAUGAUCCAGGUGAGUUUCCAGGAUGGUUCCCCGGCUCAUAACGUCCCGGUCCAGGUGAGCCUCCUGGCCAACCCAAUCACCAGCCACCGUGGCACUAUCAGGACCGCCAUCAGCAUGCCUGCUGAGCUAGGCCCUCAGAUCAUCACUGCUGAGACCAAACAGACGGGCCUACAGCCAGAGCAGCAGGCCAGACAGCAGAUGACCCUUCACCCCUACACACCCUUUGACCGACAGAGACAGAACUACCUGUAUAUCUCCACUGGGACCACCACAGUCUCUCUGGGGCAGAGCCUUGGCCUCAGUCUACACAUCAACACUGCCGACAAGGCCCACAGGGAACUCAUCACUCACCUCACAUACCUGGUGUUGAACAAGGGCAAAAUCAUCGUUGCCAAGAGACUAGAGGUCGGAGGUCAGGACAUGACCAACGUUCUGUUGACCGUUACCAAGGAGAUGAUGCCCUCAUUUCGCAUUGUGGCAUUCUACAUGCUGCCGUGGGCGGGGACUUCGGAGGUGGUGGCUGAUUCUGUGUGGGUGGAUGUGGAGGAUGCCUGUGUUGGGGCGUUGAGUGUUGGUCCAGCUGGCUCCAGGCCCUUAGAGUACUACCACCCAGGGAGAGGGUUCAACUUCCAGGUGAGAGGAGACCCAGGAGCCAUGGUCAGUCUGGUGGUGGUGGACAACGCUGUGUUCCUGCUCAACAGACAGAGGCUCACACAGAGGAAGAUCUGGCAGGUGGUGGAAGGGGGGGACAUAGGCUGUACCCACGGUGGGGGCAGCAACAGCAUGGGUGUCUUCACUGACGCUGGACUACUGUUUUACUCCAACACUGGUGGAGCCACCUCUUCUAGACAAGGCAUGCAGUGCCCAGGGAGGUCCAGAAGGAGGCGCUCUGCUGAGAUGUUGCAACGCAGAACUCUACUGGAGAACCACUACAGAGAGAAGCUGUUGCGUCAGUGUUGUAAGGAUGGCCUGAGAGAGAUCCCCAUGCCUUACUCCUGCACCCGACGCUCCCUCUACAUCACUGAGGGAUGGGAAUGCAUCAAGGCCUUCAGGUACUGUUGCUCCAAGUACAGGGGAGAGGAGUUUGACACCAGACUACCCCCUACCACCACCAUACCCCCUACCACCACCAUACCGCCUACCACCACCAUACCGCCUACCACCCCAGCUCUACUCAGGCUGACCCUGGACAGACGCAUUUUCCCCCAGAUGCAUAGUGAAAUAAGUUAUAUGCAGGAAUCCAAACCUCUCAUGGAUGAAGAGAGAGUGUAUUUUGCUAAGGAAGUGGAGGAGGAGGAGGAAGAGGAGGAUGACUUUAUGGAGGAGAGUGAGGUGAUAGUAAGGUCUAAGUUCUAUGAGUCAUGGCUGUGGAAAGACCUGCCGCUGCCCAGUGUGCCUGAGGACAGCAGAGACGGGUUGGCAACGCUGCAUGUGGAAUCCAUCUUCCCAGACACUAUCACCCAGUGGGGGGUACUAGCCAUCAGCUCCUCACCUGUAACAGGUUUCUGCGUAGCCGAGCCAUGGAACGUGCGUGCGUGGAAGCGUUUCUUCGUGGACCUGAAGCUGCCGUACUCAGUGGCGAGGAACGAACACGUGGAGAUCAAAGCUGUGCUCCAUAACUAUGGCGACGAGGACAUGGAGGUUAAGGUGGUGCUACUAAAGACAGAGGACAUGUGCAGUGUGGCGUUCAAUGAGAAACACACCCAGGAGGUGACGUUGAAGGGCAGCUCGUCCCUGGUGGUUCCCUACACCAUCAUACCGCUCAAGGCCGGAGAGAUGCUACUGGAGGUCCUUGCCAUGGCCAAAGGGUUUAUGGGUAGCGACGGAGUCAAGAAGAUGCUACGCGUUGUGGUGGAAGGAGUGCAGAAGACUAAAGUGCAGAGUUUUGUAUUGAAUCCUUCUGCCAAGGGAGGGAAUGAUGGGAGGCAGGUAGUGGAGGUGAACAAAGUGGAGCUGGGCUCCCUGGUUCCAAACUCUCAACCAGAGACAUUCAUCAACAUCAGGGGUAACCUGUUGGCUGAUACCAUAGACAACAGUAUCAGCGGUGACUCUCUGGCCUCUUUGAUCCGUAUGCCUGGUGGCUGUGUGGAACAGAACCUAGCCAGCAUCACCCUGCCUCUUAUAGCCACUGUCUACCUGGACCAUUCCAACGACUGGGAGGCUGUAGGGGUGCAACGCAGGGUGGAGGCCAUGAACUACAUACAGAAAGGCUACCAGAAGCAGCUGGUGUAUAAGAAGAAAGAUGACUCUUACCCCCCCUACAGGAAUGAAGGCACAAGCACAUGGAUCACAGCGUAUGUAGUGAAGGUGUUCUCUAUGGCUCGUCAGCUGAUAGGAGUGAGUGAACAGGACGUGUGUGGUCCUCUCCUCUACCUGCUCAACAACAAACAGCAGAUCACUGGAUCUUUCAGAGAGGACAACCCUGUCUACACUACUACUAUGACAGGUGGAGUACAAGGUGCAGAGUCUCAGUCCACUCUGACAGCCUUUGUCCUGAUAGCCAUGACUGAAGCCACCAAGGGUACAGAACUCAACUGCAAUGGAGCUGGCCACACCAUCAAGAAUGGGAUCCAGAAUGCUGCCAACUAUCUGAGGAGCACGUAUGGUAGUCUGAAGAGGCCCUACUCUCUGGCCAUCUCUGCCUACGCUCUGUCUCUGGUUGACGAGACACCUUCACUGUUCUUAAAAACCCUGCUACUCAAAGCUGCCUCUCCAGACGGUACCCAUUGGCCAGACAGUGAAAACCGCCUGUUCACUCUGGAAGCGACGGGCUACGCCCUGCUAGCCCUGGUGAAGAGUCAUCACAUGACUGAAGCCGCCGCACCUUUCCAGUGGCUCAAUGAGCAGCGCCGCAGGGGCGGGGGCUAUGGAUCCACCCAGCCCACCAUGGUUGUUCUGCAGGGUCUGUCUGGGUACCUGAUAAAGAAACCUCCCAAUGACCUGAGUCUCCAGGUGGACCUGAGCAUCCAGGGCCGCAGCGACCAGCGCUACCACUUUGACCCCAGGACCUCCUACGUGGCACGCUCCUCCAGGGCUCCUAUAGACCAGGGAUUCAGAGUGGAGGCCAAAGGGAAGGGACAAGGUAUACUAGAGGUGGUGACCUACUACAACGAGCUCCCUGAGGUGCAUGAGAAGAGCAGCUGCAAGAACUUUGAUUUGGACGUGACCAUCGCAGAAUCUAGUGAAAAGCCUCCACCAGAUGCAGAGAAGUCCUACAGGAUCACUAUUAAUGUCAGGGCACUGGGACUAAGGGAGGUCAGGAUGGUUGUUUUGGACAUCAGUCUUCCUACUGGGUUCGUCCCAGAGAAUGAAGAUCUGGAGAUGCUGACCAACUCAGUGGACCGUUACAUCAACAACUUCCAGAUAGUGGACAACCUGAGUGACAGAGGCUCCCUCAUCAUCCACCUCUUCAAGGUGUCCAACAAGGAGACUGAGACCAUCAUCUUCCGACUGCAGCAGACGUUCAAAGUGGGACUCCUCCAACCUUCAUCUGUCACUGUCUAUGAGUACUACAACCCAGACCACCGCUGCAGUCGCUUCUACAGCCCCAAAGAGGACAAGGACGAACUCUCACAGAUCUGCAGGAACAAUAUAUGUCGCUGUACACAGGGUGAUUGCUGUGUGUCUAAGUCCCUAACCGAUCCAGUCCCCUAUGGAGCACGAGAGGACCACGCAUGCAAAGGAUUAUACCACGUGUACAAGGCCAAGGUCCUGAGUGUCAGCCAGAGUCAGUAUGACAGAUAUGAGAUGAAGAUCACACGGGUUAUAAAAAUAGGAGUGGAGGAGGGGGUCAGUGUGGGUGACACUAAGGUCUUCCUGUCCCAUGCUGGCUGUAGAGGAGGUCUGGACCUGAAGGAGGGUACAGACUACCUCAUCAUGGGGCCAAAAACUGACCUCUGGUCCAAGGACAGCUCCACCAACAGUGCCACAUACAUGCUGGGCAAGGAUGCCUGGGUAGAGCGUUGGCCCACCUCAACAGAGUGUGCUAGUGAUGCCAGGUGCACAGAGCUGGACAACUUCAGCAAGGACCUCUCAGAGAAGGGAUGUCGGUUUAAAUAGACUCACUCACUCACACUUUGCCUAUGAGCUGCCAUGUAGCUUUACACCUCUGGAUGCACUGGUUCAGCAGAAACUGUCACCAUUUGAGCCAUGCAGUUGACAUAUACUGCUCUGUUGUAUAAUCACCAUGGUAACCAUUAAAGGAAAAUGGACAUUAGAAUUAGAAAGCGUAAAAACAUGACAGACUGGUGUUAAGCCUGGGUGGGUCUAGGAUUGUGUUACUGGGAGCUCAGUGAUUCGUCACAGCCAGGGCUACUUGAUAUGGCAUACAAUCACAACACACACACUCACACGAUGGGAACUCGCUCAGGUGGCACUCGGUGCAGUGGAAUAUUGUCUCACUACUGUGUAGAAUGCAUUAGUGUUCCUGGAUGUUCCACAUAGAGAGAAUAACAGAAUACAGAACACCAGGGAGAUUCUCAGUACAAUAACAGAAUACAGAACACCAGGGAGAUUAUCAGUACAAAUACUGUAUUGAGUUUUGAAUUAUUCACAGCCUUCUCUUUCUCAUACAGUUUGAUUACUUGCCCGUGUUGUAGAUUGCAGUACUUUAUUCCCAUCGUUGCCACAGAUUUGCAAACAUAAUGAUCAACCCAUAUUCUGCUCUAUGAAAAUAAAUUGAUGUGUUGUGGUUGG